UUGUGCAUGCUAAGCAUGCGCUCUACCAGUGAGCUAUAGCCCCCUCCCCAGAAAGGACUUUCUGAAAUUCCACUCUUCACCUGUCCUCUGCAAGGGGUGAUGCUGGAGAUCAUGGAUAAAGUCAGCCCCAGCUGACAGGCUAGACAGAGCUGGACAUUCCUAGGACAGGCAGACAUUCCUAGCCCUAUGGAUUCUGGGCAGGCAGAGAGGCUUCUGGAGAUGUGAGCAUCUGGGGCUUUGUGGGAUGUAUAGGAGUUCAGUUGUGAUGUAGGGAGGGAAAGGCAGCAUUGGUAACUGAACAACUGCUUAGGCAAAAGACUUUAGCUUUUCAGUAAAUGCAAAGCGUGAAUAGUCAAGGGCCAGAUCUUGGGGUGGAUGUGUGUGUAGGGCUGGGGUGGGUGGGUUGCUGUGGAAUUCCAGUUUGAUUAGCAGCCAAGAAGUUGCUUGGGUGAACGCGUGGAUUAACUGAGGCACUAGGAGUACUAGGGAUGGGCUCGAGGUCACAUGGCAGUUGAACCCAGGCAUCUUGACUCUCAGUUCCGGGCUCUCUCCACCUCAGACAUCAUUAGCAAUAUUGCCUGGUGAGACGCAUGCUCUGGGGGUCCCGGGUCUCGGGGACCCCAGCGCAAAAGGACUACAUUUCCCAGCCUGCCACAACGGGCGCGCCUGCGCGCAGCGGCCAGUGAUGGAGCGCUGACUGGGGGCGCGGCAGCGGCGGCGAGGGCUCGGCGGGCCAUUGGCUCCCGGCAGCGGCAAAGGCAGCCUGGGGACUAGAAGGGCGAGUAGGACCCGCGGGCCGGGCAGGAGAAGACCUGGGUUGCAGCCAUGGAGCACCAGAAGGUGAGACCGAGGCGGGGCGAGGCGGGGCCCGCAGCGAGGGUGGACGAUGGAAGGGGACCAGGUGAUGCCGCAGCGCCCUCCCCGCACCCCUCUCAGCUGCUGUGCGGCCGAAGCCCCUCCCCGCCGCAACCCUGCCCGGAUCUAGCCCCCAUUCUGGAUGCAGCCCCCGACCCUCGCCGCGACCCCACAUCAUCUUGGCCUGGGUUCAGGCGCAUCCCCUCCAUGUUCCCCUCGCCCGCCCAGUAUCCCAGACCCAGCCUUGACUCCAUCCCCUAUGCCUUCCACUGGGGCUGCGGACCAGGUGUCCCGGUCCCCGCCCCACCCUGGAGGACGCCCCGUCAGCUCAGCACAGGUGACCCCACUGAUCUCGCCCCGCGUGGAAAAGGACCCAUCCAAGGCCUGGGUAGGGCCCCAGGCCCCAGUAGGAUCCUCCCACGCCGCCUCUUUCCCUCCGGGCAUCCCCGACCCCAGGCCUCCAGGCCCUUCUCCACUUAUCGGGUCUUCCUCAUCCCCUUCCUCAGGUACCUCCUUUCUCCUUGUUAAUCCUGCCUCCCAGCAUAACCCCUUCCCCAGAAGACCCUGCGUUCUGCAGGCAACCGUUUCCUCUGGAGUUUUUUUCCCCAAGCUAGCCCCUCACCCCAGGUCACGCCCCGCCCUCAGAAUAUAGGUACCUGGUUAAAGGCAUUGUGCUCAGGCAGACCUGGCUGGGCCCCAGGGUCUGUCCUUUCCAAGACGCUCUCUUGGAGCCUCAGUUUCCUCCCCUGUGAAAUGGACGUACUCACAGAGCCCCCCUGCUCUGUGAGGAAUGUAGGGCCAGAGCUCCGCCCAGGCCCUGCCGGUGGCAGGUGCCCAAGCUCAUUGGCAGGAUAGCCCCCACAUGCCCUCCCUGGAUCCCUGGAGGGCAGAACAGGGAGCCUCAGGUCAGGGGGCCCGGCCAGGCAGGCUGGGGGGGCUUCCCUGUGUGUGUGUGUGUGUGUGUGCUUCCCUGGGGCAGGAGGCUCUGCGGAAGAUCAUCACGACGCUGGCUGUGAAGAAUGAAGAGAUUCAGAGUUUCAUUUACUCCCUCAAGCAGAUGCUGCUGAAUGUGGAGGCAAACUCGGCCAAGGUGCAGGAGGACCUGGAAGCAGAGUUCCAGUCCCUCUUUUCCCUCCUGGAGGAGCUGAAGGAGGGCAUGCUUAUGAAAAUAAAGCAGGACCGCGCUAGCCGCACCUAUGAACUGCAGAACCAGCUGGCUGCCUGCACACGAGCCCUGGAGAGCUCCGAGGAGCUUCUGGAGACGGCCAACCAGACCUUGCAGGCCACAGACAGCGAAGACUUUCCUCAGGCUGCCAAGCAAAUCAAAGAUGGUGUGACAAUGGCCCCUGCCUUCCGGCUGUCACUGAAAGCCAAGGUCAGCGACAACAUGAGUCACCUCAUGGUGGACUUUGCACAGGAGCGGAGGAUGCUGCAGGCACUCACGUUCCUGCCUGUGCCUAGCGCCCCCGUGAUCGACCUGGCCGAGUCCCUGGUGGCCGACAACUGUGUAACCCUGGUGUGGCGCAUGCCGGACGAGGACAACAAGAUUGACCACUAUGUGCUGGAGUAUCGGCGGACCAACUUUGACGGCCCGCCCCGCCUCAAGGAGGACCAGCCCUGGAUGGUCAUCGAGGGCAUUCGGCAGACGGAACACACCCUGACCGGUCUCAAGUUUGACAUGAAAUACAUGAAUUUCCGUGUGAAGGCCUGUAAUAAGGCAGUUUCAGGCGAGUUCUCCGAGCCAGUGACCCUGGAGACACCAGCGUUCAUGUUCCGCCUGGAUGCGUCCACAUCCCACCAGAACCUGCGGGUGGAUGAUCUCUCCGUGGAAUGGGACGCCAUGGGCGGGAAGGUGCAGGAUAUCAAAGCUCGCGAGAAAGAUGGCAAGGGGCGGACGGCGUCUCCCGUCAACUCCCCAGCCAGAGGUACUCCAUCUCCCAAGAGGAUGCCCUCGGGUCGUGGGGGACGGGAUCGCUUCACAGCUGAGUCCUACACGGUACUGGGGGACACGCUGAUUGAUGGCGGGGAGCAUUACUGGGAGGUGCGCUACGAGCCGGACAGCAAGGCAUUUGGCGUAGGGGUGGCCUACCGCAGCCUGGGCCGCUUCGAGCAGCUGGGCAAGACGGCCGCGUCCUGGUGCCUGUACGUCAACAACUGGCUGCAGGUCAGCUUCACUGCCAAGCACGGCAACAAGGCCAAGGUGCUGGACGCCCCCGUGCCCGACUGCCUGGGCGUGCACUGCGACUUCCACCAAGGCCUCCUGUCCUUCUACAACGCCCGCACCAAACAGCUGCUGCACACCUUCAAGGCCAAGUUCACACAGCCACUGCUGCCGGCUUUCACGGUGUGGUGUGGCAGCUUCCACGUGACUACAGGCCUGCAGGUCCCCAGCUCUGUGCGCUGCCUGCAGAAGCGGGGCAGUGCCACCAGCAGCUCCAACACCAGCCUCACCUAGGCCCCCAGACCGCUCACCAGCUGGGCUGAUUUGGGGGGGGGCUGCCUCCAGGCCUUGGCUGUUUCAGCCGGGCACUCUCCUCUCACUUGCUGCUUGGAGCCUUAACUCCUGAUGGAGGUCACCAAUGGGGAGCGGGCCCUGGGGUGGGCCCUUCUCCCCACCUCACCUCCUAAUAAAGGUCAAACACUGGCCAGGC